GGGGCGGGGCUGUGCGAAGAGCGGCGGGGCUGCGGGACCGGCCCGAACUUUCCAGAAGAGUCGGGAGCGGCGCCGCCAAGUGCGGGAUCUCCGCCCGCAGCCCCGGCCGCCCCCCGCCGCCGCCAUGGUGAAGGAGACCACCUACUACGACGUGCUGGGCGUGAAGCCCAACGCGUCCGCCGAGGAGCUGAAGAAGGCCUACCGCAAGCUCGCGCUCAAGUACCACCCGGACAAGAACCCCAAUGAGGGCGAGAAGUUCAAGCAGAUCUCCCAAGCCUACGAGGUGCUGUCGGACCCGAAGAAGAGGGAGCUGUAUGACAAAGGAGGCGAGCAGGCCAUCAAGGAGGGCGGCUCCGGGGGCGGCUUCGGGUCCCCCAUGGACAUAUUCGAUAUGUUCUUCGGCGGCGGAGGGAGGAUGCAGAGAGAGAGACGAGGUAAAAACGUGGUCCACCAGCUGUCAGUAAGUUUAGAAGAUAUGUACAAUGGUGCGAUGAGGAAACUUGCACUGCAGAAAAAUGUUAUCUGUGACAAAUGUGAAGGUCGUGGUGGCAAGAAAGGGGCAGUAGAAUGCUGCCCUAAUUGCAGGGGAUCAGGCAUGCAGAUCAGAAUUCACCAGAUCGGGCCAGGAAUGGUGCAGCAAAUCCAGUCUGUGUGCAUGGAGUGUCAGGGGCACGGAGAGCGUAUCAGCCCCAAGGACCGGUGUAAGAGCUGCAAUGGCAGGAAAAUUGUUAGAGAGAAGAAGAUCCUAGAAGUGCACAUUGACAAAGGAAUGAAGGAUGGUCAGAAAAUAACAUUCCAUGGUGAAGGGGACCAAGAGCCAGGUCUGGAGCCAGGGGAUAUUAUUAUUGUAUUGGAUCAAAAAGACCACUCUGUAUUUACAAGACGAGAUGAAGAUCUUCUUCUGGCUAUGGAUAUUCAACUGGUGGAAGCACUCUGUGGCUUUCAAAAGCCUAUCACAACGUUGGAUAACAGAACUAUCAUUAUUACCUCCCAUCCUGGCCAGGUAGUUGAGCAUGGGGCUAUUAAGUGUGUGUUGAAUGAAGGUAUGCCAAUUUAUCGCAGACCAUAUGAAAAAGGACGUCUGAUCAUAGAAUUCAGGGAAGGAUGGAUGAGUAACUUCAACUUCUGUGCUGGAGCAGAAGAGUAGGCUGGAAAAUGAUGAUUUCUUCGCUGGGGAGAAGCUAAUGCUGGGAGCUGUAGCAGCAGGCUCUGUCUGCUAUGGCUUAGAAGAUAUUUAACCAUAUCUGUAAUGUUAACAUUUUGUGUUUAUAUAUACAAAUAUAUAGUUUUAUAUGUUAUUAUAUGUAUUUUAUAUAUACUUUGUUUCUAGGCUGAUUCCAGAGGGCAGCCUGAGGCAGAAGAAAUGUAUUGGUUGAGUUGCCAGAGUUAGAAACUAACUUCAUGCAGGCAUUAAAAAAUAGCUUAGUGAUGUUGAUAAUUUCCUUAAGCUCUGGAUUUAAGUGAUCUCUGAUGAUAAAGCUGACUUUGGCAGAUGUUUGACCUGUAUGUAGGAGCAAUGGUAAAAGACCAGUUCGGACAGACUUGAGUAACCCCAAUUCUUGAUGAUUUCAGGUCAACUUCCCAGAGAGUGGCUUCCUCUCCUCAGAUAAGCUGUCUUUACUCGAAAAACUGCUACCUACAAGGCAGGAAAUAGAAGAAACCGAGGAAAUGGAACAGGUGGAUUUAGUGGACUUUGAUCCAUCUCAAAAGAGAAAACACCACUAUAAUGGAGAAGUGUAUGAAGAUGAUGAGCAUCAGCCUAAAGGUGGUGUUCAAUGCCAGACAUCGUAAACGGGCCAGUGAAUAACUUGUGAUGCUUGUUUUGUAUGCAGUAGUGGAUGAGUGAAGGACUACAGACAGUUCACCCUCACCUCCUGCUAUUUGUUGUUCUAUCCAGCCAUAGUUAUUUCUAAAAGCAUAAAGGAAUAAACGAAAUAAUUAAACUGA